AUGUUCACCACCAAGCCUCUGAGCUCGAUCAAGAAUGCCAUUCCCUCGAUCCACCAACCCUUGCCUCUUUCCUCAAAAGAUUCGAGGAGGCUCCUCGACGUCUUGAAGACAUCCUUCCGCCACAAUCUCGACAAAGAGCAUGGUUACACUCCCGAAAAUGCCGACUCCUCCGCCUCCAAACACUCUUCCACCUCUCACAACGCACAUCACCGGCCGACUGACCGCCAUUUGCGCGCCAUCCUCUCCAACCCCUUGUUCAAGAACGGCAUCCAGCCCAAGAACGUGUCAUCCGCAACCCCACGAGACCCAAUGGAGGUCUUUGACGAGGCCGUGUCGCGGGGCAUGAUGACAAGAAAGGCGGCAAUCGGUUGUCUGCGGACUAAGCGCCAGCAGAUUCUCCAGUCGAGCGCCAUUUCGGUUCCUGACGCUAUGAAGGCAUCCGCAGCCGGCUCGCGGGUCGUUCAGUGGCUCAGGUCGUCCGGCAUGGAACGGACACUUGACUUCCUCGAAGACUUAUCGUUCGUCCAAGAGCUUGUGCCAUUCAUGGUGGCAGAAGGGUUGGAGGAGGUAGCAUGGGUUUGGGCAGACCGACUGGUUCAGAGCGAAGGCCCGGCAGAGGAGAACAGCAAGAUCGUGGGAUCCCUGGUCGCCAGUCUGGUAUGGUCCAAGUCAGACGUGAUGGACAGGAACCUCGACACGGCCUUUUCGGCGCUACUCAGAGCGGAUGCAACAUGGAAGUCGGCCCCCCAGCAAUCUGGGAUCCUGCUGCAUCCUUGGCGGCUGCUAUCCUGGAGGUCGACCGUCGAAGCAUGGAAAAGGCCACUGCCGUCAGCUGCGCUUUUUGAGUCGUAUUUGGGAACUGCCAAUCGCAUCGGGCGGCCCAUGCAACUUGACCGCGCACAUUUGGAGCUUCACCAUCCCACCAAACCCAACCAUGAAAGCGCCUUGAAAUUCCUACAAGACGAUCGCCUCAGCAGUUCAGUCUUCAUCCACCAUCUGGCCACAAGAGUCAUAUACAUGGGCAUGGAUGCCGUCAGCCACCUCACAAAACUUGGUCGGACCGACGAGGCCGAAGAUCUCCUUCACCUGCUCCGAUCCAGAUUCUCGGAAGAGGUCUGGCUGAGGCACCGGUCUCGUACCAUCCCGUUUGUGUGA